AUGUCAAAACAGCUAUCUCAAAAUUAUACCAAACUUGGAAGUCCUGCUGAAAAACAGGUAUUUGCCAAAGCUAUUUCUGGAGAUGUAGUUAAGAAGCAUAAGGUCCUGUCCAAACAACAUGUUCUACCUGAAAAAAGAGAGCGUAAAGUGCAAUUGGAAUCAAAAUUAUUAAAUAUACAGAAGAAAAACAGAUCUAAUAAAAUUUCAGAAGAUGUGAAAAUGAAUAUCAUCAAUUUCUUGGAACAAGAUUGCAACAGUCGUAUGUGUGCUGGGAAAAAAGAAACUGUAACAAAGAAAAAAGUAAAGAAACAGAAAAGCACUGAACAUUUUUUGGAAGCAGUUUGCUGUGACAAAUACAAUGAAGAGUGUACAAGUCGCAAAUGUAAGAAUUGUGAUGAUCGAAAAAUAGUUUACGGAGAAUUCGACAAUAAUAUCAAAAUCAAUGUUAUGAAGUGGGAAAAUGUAUGUGAACAGGUCUUUUUAAAACGAACAGGGAAAUACAAAAGCGUCAAGAAAAUAUCGAAAGUUAAUCACACCUUGAGUCCCUACGAUGUCGUCAAACAAUUCGAAAAUGUUGUCCCUAUCAUCUUAAACCAUCAUACAAAUAUUGUUCAUCAGUAUGCUGCCAUAAAGAAACUUUAA